CUUAACAAGAUUAGGGAAUUUAUUGCCUGUAGCCUGCAAAACAGCUGCCUGAUUGUCUUGUGUGGUUGUUUUUCAUGGCUACAUGACUUGUGGAGGAGGUUAUAUUAGCAUGGUGCAACUGGUGUAAAAUCUCGAUAGCUGGUUGCUCAAAUGAUGGGAAUGAUAACACCGGUGACCCAUCAGAUGUCUGCAAUAGGGCAUGACCAGGCAAGGUUAGAAGACUGGAACACAGGCUAGGUAUGGUGGGACGUUGGGUACUUCCUCGGGUAGAAGAAUUUGCAUCACAGAUUACGUCAUCAGUUAGUUAUAGUGGUUAGUGUAUAAGGGUUAGAUUAGGCUUGGGGAUAGGGAUACCGUUAUAUCUGAUGCCACAAACAACACAACUAGCCAAUCACGUGAUCAGUUCUCCUCUACCCGAGGAACUAGCCAGGAUGUUGCCAUUCUGCCUAGCAUGGAAACUCGAUAAAAUUCAUAUUUUGAGUGGGAUGUCUGCACACAUCCUGUAGAAAUACACAUCCUUCUAUGACUAUGGCAAUAAACAACCUUAUCUAAUUAGUAUGCGAUCCUGAUUCAUUAGUAUGCAUUCUUUGAUCGUGAAUUGUUUGGAAGCUUGGUAACCAAAUUGCCACGAAAACAAAGAUGGCGGCAAAAAAACCUGAUAAAUAUUCUAUUCUUCUGCCAACUUAUAACGAAAAAGAGAACUUGCCUCUUAUAGUUUGGUUGAUAGUAAAAUCUUUUGAUGAAAGGUGGGUAGCAGUUCGUUUGAAAUAUCAAAAGCAGUUGAACAAAUAUCAAGUUGUUCUUGUUCAAAUUUUGUAAAGUAAAGUAAGAUUUUGUUUGGUAUUAAAUUGGUAGUGGUGAAGGACACGACUUCGAAAUAAUUAUAAUAGAUGAUGGUAGUCCGGACGGAACAUUGGACGCUGCAAAACAAUUACAAGAAAUUUAUGGUAGUGAAAAAAUUGUAAGUUCCUUGUAUUAUUAGGGAAGAAA